GGCUAGCGAGUCUCUUAGUCUUGGGCCCCGUGGGAGUUGUAGUUCUUUUCCUCUAGACGUUUGCGUCGGCGGGGCGCCUGGCGUGCCGGGGGAACUACACUUCCCAGUGUGCCCCGAGGGCCGUACCUCGCGCGAUUUGGAUCUGGCGUGCGACCCGAAUUCUUGGGCACCCGCCUUGGGGGCAGGGAGGGGACGAAUGGGUCCUUGGGAUUGAGAGUGGGUCAGGGUCGAGGGUGACCGGGAGCUGGGAACUGUUCUCAAAGGCUGGUGUCUGUUCUCUAGAUCACUCCCAGACGGAGGGGGCCAAGCUCGGAGUUGUGUCCUGCUGUCACUGGUCGUUUUUGACUACCCGGCUCCAACAUGGAGUUCUCGGGAAUGCCAAACGUCCGGCGGGUUUGGACCGGCUCUUGCGUCACGCGGCCUGGGCCUUGCGCGGUAGGGCAGGCGUGACGUGUAGGCGCCCGUGUGGCAUCCCGUUCCGCUGCCUUCUUGCUCAUCCCGCGUGUCCACGUGGCCCGGCGGAGAUGUCGGAUGCUGGGGGCCACUGUCCCAGCUUAGGCUCUGCUCCUACCCCUCCCUGACCCCGAGCCCCCAGCUCUUCUGUGACCAGUCGAGGUGACCUCUUGCUUCCCUGAGCCGAAACCUCGUCCUCCUUUGUGCAGUAUUCUCUAGCUGAAGCUUUUCCCGGAUGGGUAGGUGCUUACCUGAAUUAAUGAUACAUUAUUCCUCACUGUACGGUUAAGAACAACGGACUGAAAGCAGAAAUUCCUACGAGACACCGUACUAAAAACUAGUGUUAAACUGGGUGGCCAGCAUCGAAACGUUCAACCUUUUAGUGAUGAGGAUGCAUCGAUUGAAACAAUGAGCCAUUGCAGUGGUUACAGCGAUCCUUCCAGUUUUGCUGAAGAUGGACCAGAGGUCCUGGAUGAGGAAGGAACUCAAGAAGACUUAGAGUACAAGUUGAAGGGAUUGAUUGACCUAACCCUGGAUAAGAGUGCGAAGACAAGGCAGGCAGCUCUUGAAGGUAUUAAAAAUGCACUGGCUUCAAGGAUGCUUUAUGAGUUUAUUCUGGAAAGAAGAAUGACUUUAACUGAUAGCAUUGAACGCUGUCUGAAGAAAGGUAAAAGUGAUGAGCAGCGUGCAGCUGCAGCCUUGGCGUCUGUUCUUUGUAUUCAGUUGGGUCCUGGAAUUGAAAGUGAAGAGGUCUUAAAGACUCUCGGACCCGUCCUGAAGAAGAUCAUUUGUGAUGGAACAGCUAGUAUCCAGGCUAGGCAAACUUGUGCAACUUGCUUUGGUGUUUGCUGUUUUAUUGCCACAGAUGACAUCACUGAGCUGUAUUCAACUUUGCAGUGUUUGGAAAAUAUCUUCACCAAGUCUUAUCUCAAAGAGAAGGACUCUAAUGUAAUUUGCAGCACCCCUAACACAGCCCUUCACAUCAGCUCGCUUCUCGCGUGGACGUUGUUACUGACCAUAUGCCCACUCAGUGAAGUCAAGAAAAAGCUCGAGAUGCAUGUCCAUAAACUUCCAAGCCUCCUCUCUUCUGAUGAUGUAAACAUGAGAAUCGCUGCGGGUGAAUCUCUGGCGCUUCUGUUUGAAUUGGCCAGAGGAAUGGAGAGUGACUUUUUUUAUGAAGACAUGGAGUCUUUGACUCAGAUGUUGAGGGCUUUGGCUACAGAUGGAAAUAAACACCGGGCCAAAGUCGAUAAGAGGAAGCAGCGGUCGGUGUUCAGAGACAUCCUGAGGGCGGUGGAGGAACGGGAUUUUCCAACAGAAACUGUUAAAUUUGGUCCUGAACGCAUGUAUAUUGAUUGCUGGGUGAAAAAACGUACUUAUGACACAUUUAAGGAGAUUCUUGGAUCAGGGAUGCAGUACCACUUGCAGUCAAAUGAAUUCCUUCGCAAUGUGUUUGAACUUGGACCCCCAGUGAUGCUUGAUGCUGCAACACUUAAAACAAUGAAGAUUUCUCGUUUCGAAAGGCAUUUAUACAAUUCUGCAGCCUUCAAAGCUCGAACAAAAGCUCGAAGCAAAUGUCGAGAUAAAAGAGCAGAUGUUGGAGAAUUCUUCUAGAUUUUUAGCAUUUGAAGACCUGUAAAUACCCCCCUCCCCUUUUUGUAAUUUCUAAUGUAUUUACUCUAGAGACAGUUUUUAUCUUGGGCCAACAGCUUUUGUAGUAGGGGUUAUAUUUAAUGUAUAGUAUUGCAAAUGGUGAGUUCUGAUUAUUGAAUAUUCUGUAUAUAUAAUCAGUAAACUUGAAUGAAGUGUUUGUAAUGUUUGGUCAUUUUCUAUUUAUGAAGAGAGCAAAAAUAUGGUAUUUCACUUGAUUUCAUGACAAAAAACUAUUAGCCAAGGUUAAACUUCUUAUGGUGUGGUUGUCAGAAAAAUUGAUUAGAAUGGUAUAGAUAACUUAAGAUCUUAGCCAAAUGAGUUCCAGAUAUAAUUUUGGGAGCUAGUUCUUCUGGAAAAGCUACUAUUAUUUUCUGUUUUAAAUGGAACCUAAUAAUUUUGUCACUGGGAUCAUCAAAGGGAAUUAUAUCAUGAGGCCUUUCAGUCCAUCUGUUGGGAGUUAGGAUGAACUAGUAUCUGCCAGAAAGGUUGCUGACCUUGACCUCUGAGGGCAAUAACACUAACUUCACUUGCUGUGUAAGACCUUGUGCUCUUUUUUUUGAAAUAAAGAUCUUUUCACACCGAAA